AUGGAUGUGCAGACAAAGUGUAGCAACAGUACCUCAGGCCCCAUGUGCUAUGAGGAGGCAUCAGGUUCACUUGCUGUGAUUAUCAUCCCUUCUCUGCUGGCUCUCAGCACAGUCUUAGUGGUGGCUCUGAUUUUCUGCAGUCUCUACAGAUACAGACAAAAGAGACAAAGGAACUCCGCUCCGGCCCAUUACCCAAAUGCAUCUAUAAGCCCUGUGAGGGUCCAGGAGGCUUUGCGUCCCUGGGAAAUCCCUGGAGAGUGUGUUCUUGUGGGGCUCAAGUACUGGCAGACCGGCCGCUAUGGUCCCAUUUGUAAUGGCUUGCUGAAGAGAGACAGAACCUCCACUGCUGUGGUGGUGAAGUCACUCAGAGGGUGCAACAAUCCUGAAGCCAAGGAGUUUGUGGAUUGGGUCCUGUUCCAUGCCACAGUGUGCAAACAUGAGAAUCUGGUGCGGAUGUUGUCCUGUCGGACCAAACGGCUGCCCAUGUACCUGGUCUUAGAGGCCUACAGCCCAGGGAACCUACUGCACUUCCUUUGGACUCUCAGGAAUAGGGAUUCAGACACUGGGGAGUCAUCGCAGCACUUCUCUGAGAGGUCAGUGUUUCUGGUGGCAAAGCAGGUGGCAGCUGGCCUGGAUUACCUGAUGUCUGAGCACAGGCUGGUGCAUGGAGAUGUUGCUGCCAGAAACAUCUUGAUUGGUCCGGGCCUCUCUGCCAGGGUGUCUGGGCUGGGUGUGGCCUUUGCAGGACGUCAAAUGGAUUCAACAACUAGGCAGAGGGUGGCAGAGGUGCCUCUCAAAUGGCAGGCUCCUGAGAGGAUUAUGAAACAGCUCACCAUAGACAGAAGCGACGUGUGGUCAUUUGGAAUCCUGCUGUACGAAAUGAUCACAUUAGGCUCUCCUCCAUAUCCUGAGCUGGAGCCUCAGUCUGUGCUUCAACAACUACAGAAAUCAUAUCGAAUGAAGAGACCAGACAACUGUGGAGGACCCCUGUAUGACCUGAUGAAGUACUGCUGGAUGUGGAGUUUCAAAGAAAGGCCAACAUUUUCUGCGAUCAUAAAGCUGUUAGAGUCCUACCAGCACUUAGCAGCUAACACAGCUCUUUCCAUCCCUGAGGCGAUAGACAUCUUUGAGUACAAGAAAAAAGCAGGGCUGUCGACGCACGAGCAACAUCAGCCAAGAGAAAACAAUGUCAAAGAGAAUGAAGUGUUUAAAUACAGUGUUGAUUUGUGAGAGUGUAGCCUUGCAUGUAUGGAAAACGUAUGGGUACAGUGAUGGGAAAUAUGGAUGCAAUAAUGUCAUGGAGAAGUGGUCUAUGAACACUUUUUAUGGUGACAAAGUAGAUUAACAUAAGACUAUAGCCCUUCCAACCAGUGAAAAAUUGAUCAUAACUUAAUAAUAGUACCCUCAAAUACUGAUGCUGUGUUAAAAAAAAAAAAUGAACAAAACACUAAAAACUAGUAGUUUCAUUA